UACGCGAACACUGACAUCAACGCUGCGCGCGUAAAUCCACGAAACGACAGAAAAUUGAACCCCACAUUUCCGUGUUCUUUGUAAAUAAUUUUUUAAUUUAACGUUUCUCUCUCUCUUUCCUCCAUUAUCUUUCUUUCUUUUAAUGAUUAAGGUUCUUUUCAUUUCUUUUUUAUUCUUUAUUUUUGUCCCUGGAUUGAUUUAUCAAGAACGAGGAAGGAGAAAAAUACCCGAUUUCUGUUUUGGGUCUUAGACAUAUUUUUUUUGUUUUUUUUAAAAAUUUUUUUUGCGUGUUCAAAUUUGCUAAAUUCAAUUGGUUUGGACCAUUUUCUUUGUAUUCGUAUCUGUUGACUAUAAAUUGUUUUUCAAUGUUUCGGCGUGUCUGUUUCUUUUCUUGAUUUAUAAUCAACAUUUGAGAGUGAUCUAAAGAUUGUUUUAUUUACUUAAACAUUUUAUUUAGAACGAUUGGAGACGAUCCUGAUUCAAGUUUUUUGCAUGCGGUGGAGAAAUCGGGUUCUGGGUACCCAGAAGAAGUUAAGAUUCCAAUCUUAAUUGGAAGAUCUCCGAAGAAGGUGCAUCAUUGUAUUUUCUGAAGUGCUUCAAAGAAAUGUCAACAAAAAGGGAAUCUAAACAGGCUGCACCAAGUGUCAUGGCAAGAUUAAUGGGGUUGGAUGAAAUGCGACCUCAGCAGCCUAUUCAAAAGAAACCAAGAGUUCUCUCUGAGAAUUAUCUCUGCAAGGCUGCUUCUAUUGGUAUCAGAGAGAAAUGUCCAGAGCGUCAUUCAUUUAAUUUGAAUUCUGAAGAUCAGGAUGGACAUAAUGCUGUAUUCUUACAAACACUGAGGAAAAAGAAGCAACCUAACACGCCAGUUCAAAAGAGGGAACUGCAUUUGGAUUCAUCUGGGGUCAAGAUGAAAGUCACAGAAGCACAUCAUGUUUCAUGGGAUAAGAAACUAAGAAGUUCAAAGGAUUCUAAUGAACCGUUAGCAGCUAUUGAUUCAGAGAUGAUCAAUAUUCUAAAACACCUCCAGAGACCAGAUUUGCGUAUCACCAAGAAAGUCAAUCAGCCAAAUGAUGUGCGUUCGAGCUUGCAGUCAGGAUGUGUUAGAGUCUUAAAGUCACCAAGUGCUUCUUACAGCAGAAAGAUUAGCAUGUGCAGGAAAUUUAGGAGGAAAAGUGAACGAGGGCAUGUCAACUCUCUAAAUAUAGUUCAGAAUGGUCUUGGAAUAGGAGACGUUUUAAUUGAUGAUAUGAACAAGUUUUCAAGAUCAAAAUUCAAGGCAAAUAACAGAUCAUUUCUCCCAACUUCCACAAUUGUUGUUCCAAAACCGAACCUGGGAAAGGCAGAUAGUGCUUUGAGAUCCUUUUCUCAUUAUGUAUCUUAUCCGGGUAACGGAAAGCAAAAAGAUAUUCUAAGUUCUUGCAAUGGGGAUUUAUAUUCUCAAGUGAAAAGGGGUAAAAACUUGGCAGAUGGCGUGGGAAUUGUUAAGCCAAGGUCUAGAUUUUUGAGGGAAAGAACCAGAAAAGUGGGGCGCAACAUAGGUAGCAUGCCCUUUGAGGAAUCAAGUUCUGAAAUUAGUGGUAGUGGCCUCUGUGCAAAAGAAUCUGAGUUAACAGUGCUCUCGACUCCCAUUUUAUCUGAUAGGAAGGGACAGUUUUUUAAUUCAGAUGGAUCAAAUGUGGUCAGGGAAGCCAAGAAGCCAAUCUCUGAAAGGUGGAAGAUGACCAAAAGAAACUACGAUACUCUAGGCAUAAGCAGUGAUGUGAGUCAUGAGUUUAUCCGUGACUUACCGAGAUCCAGGUCCCUUCUUGCAUACUUUAAUGAAGUUGGAAGUCCCAAUACCAGGACAAGCCAUGAACCUCUUGAAAAUAGCAGGCGUGCAAGUGACUUUGAGUCUGUCAAUUUGAUACAGAACAAGUUAAGAGAGCAAGAUUUUGACCAGAAAGAUGAUAGUUCAGAAUUUAGAAGCUCAGACUCCAGCUAUAAAAAGUCUCAACGUUUUCCUUGUUUGGAGGUAGAAAACAUUAGCCCAGUUGGACAUAAUUGUGUGGUUCAGAAUGAAAUGGAGUGCAAACUCAAGGAGAAGGAUUCGGGUGGCCAAGUUUCAGCAGUUGCUAAGUCCUCUGGGCAAAACAAUCAGACUUCACAAGAUAUUUGGAUGAAGCAGGAGGGACUCAAGAAUGAAGGAUGGAGAGAGGAUCAUCCUGGACAUCAAUUUGAAUCAAGAAACUCUGUCUUGUCGAUAAGAGAGGAAGAUUCUUAUUGCCAUAUCCAAGAUAGUUCAGUUCAACAGGAAUUUUCCAAUGAUAUCUUUGAAGAAGAGUCUGUUUCCUCACCAAUCUCUUGCACAGGCCCAGAAUCAGUGAUGAGCUUCGAGGAGGCUUAUCAACCUAGUCCAAAUUCAGUACUGGAACCAUUUUACGGAAAGGAGAUUUUUUCUAGCUCUGACUCUUUUAAAGGAGUGAAUGCUUCCUUACAUGGUUUGCAUACGCAACUUGAACUCCUACAGUCAGAGACAUCUGAGGCAUACUCUGAAGGAUCCAGCAUGGUGGUGUCUAGUGAUGAAGAUAAUGGGGAAGGAUCUGUAAAUGAUUCUGAAGAAAAUCAAGGCCUGAUGAGAUUGUUCAGGGUCGAAGAGAGUAGGGAUUUCUCCUAUCUCGUUGAUGUGUUAGCUGAGGCAGCUUUUCACAACAGAAACUCUCACUCUCAGGAAUUCCCAAUCAGUUCUUCUGUCUUUGAGAUCCUGGAGAAAAGGUAUGGUGAGCAGAUAUCCUGGAAAAGAUCAGAAAGGAGGCUUCUAUUUGAUCGCAUUAAUCCUGGGCUGAUGGAGAUUUUGCAGCUAUCCAUGGGUGUGCUGACAUGGAAAAAAUCUGUGGCAAGAAGGUUUAAUUUUAGUCGAAGGCCUGACAUGAUUGAGGAGGAGCUGUGGAUGUUACUGGUUAACCAGGAAAAGGAAGCAAGGAAGGAAUCUGAGAAGUUUCUAGGAAAACAUGAUGGGUGGAUGGAGUUGGGAGAUGAUAUUCAGAUCAUUGGCAGAGAAAUAGAGAAUUCUUUGAUUGAUGAGCUAGUAGCAGAUGUUAGCAUGGAGAGUUUUUGAUAGACGGUGAGCUAAACCUGGUAUUCACAUGCCACUUUCCAAACCUGAAUGCAAACUUCUUUUCGUUCCCAACCAAAACACUGAAAAUUAGAAGUUCAUCUACCAACUCCAUCCCAUCAACUCCCAUUUUACAGCUCAAAACUCUAGCUAUUUAUACAAAAAUUGGCAAUCCCUUCAAUGCAUCAAGAGAGCAU